AUGGAUGCAACAACGCUCCAAACAGCUGCCACCAAGUCGCAGCUAUCAACUAAGGUUAAGCUUGAGCUUCCGUCCCAAUGGUAUGCUUGGUUCACGCUCUUGAGGAUCCACGCUCGCGAUAGUGAGCUCUGGAACCUAAUAAACCCCGAUCAACCUGAGCAACCUGGAGAUAUGUUGCCUGCUCCUCUAGGUCCAACCCUGGCUCAAGCAAGAGAGUUGUUAGCCGAGGAGAAAAAGGCUCAUCCAACUUUUGAAUUCAGCGCGGCAAAUGUCCUUCAAUUACUACGAAAUGAAUAUCUCACCAAGCUUCAAAAGCAUAAAACAAAGGAAGCAAAGGCGUUCGCUAUUCGCAAAUGGAUCUCCAGAACGGUUGAACCUAGCACCUAUGAGUUUAUCCUAUCAGACCUUGAAAAAAAGCAUCCUCAAGGCUUCUCGUUGAGACAAUUAAUCAAGGGUAUCAAAAGCCGGCUAGCACCAAGCGAAUCAAGCAUGCGAGAAGAGACUCGCAGGCUGUAUCGAGCAUGCCUUAAUGAAGCCACACUCGCACAUACCAAACCAGACCUGUGGUAUGCAAAAUGGAACAGAGCCUAUAUGCGCGCUCAAACCCAUAAAAUCAGGGAGAUUGAGGAACCCUAUGGUAUUCACGAUUUCCUAGACGCAGUUGGAGCUCGUUUUGACCCCGUAUGGGCGAGAAAUAUGCUUUAUACCAUUACCAACAACGAGUCCCAAGGAAUCGAGAAUACAUACACCCUUCGCGAUUAUGGCACAUGCUUCCACGCAAUUACAACUAGGCACAAGUACGAGCACAACAAUGCUCGAGGAGUCUGCACCACACUGGGAGAACGCUCAGAUCAAGAAGACGAGCAGGAAAACAAGGAAACAGAGACACAAAAGGGAAGCCAAUCCAGGAAAAAGAGCAAAUGCCCUUGCCCGAAGGGUGCAGACCGUAGUUGGCAUAAAUGGGCAGCAAAGGAUUGCAAGAUCCUACGCUCGAUAAUCACAAGAACCAAGGAUCCUGAGAUUAGAAGGUUCCCGAAGGAAGACGACUGCAGGAAGGCCAAAGAACGAUAUGAGAGCAAACAAUGGGAAAGCCUACGCGCUACCAUAGCAAAGGAAGGCUGGGGCAAGGGCUCGAAAAGCUCAACAACAGAAGGAAGCGAUUCCCCAACCGGUGGCAGCUUCAGCGCAGUCAUAAUCGACCCUUCUGUCAUGCAAGCAAACGACCCGUGUGAUAUCAUUAGUACACGCCAACACCCGCUCUCUUUGAGCACAGUACUCAGUAACUGCGACGCUAUACAUCUCGUCAAUGAUGUCGACCUCCUUGAGCCCGGCUCGUACAGGGAGACUAAGGGCGAGUACGUAGAGGCAGGAGCAACCUCCUAUCUGAUCUCAGGAAGAGGUACUCGUGUGCUCAAGAAGAUCUUAAACGGUGUGGACGGAGCUCAAACCACAGACCUAAUACUCAAAGAUGUUGCAGUCAUUAAGGAUUUCCAUGUAAAUGUUGUCUCGGCAAGCCGCUUGAGGGAUAAAGGCGCUUGGAUUUGCGGGUUUGACGAUACACUACGCUUUGGACCUUUAAAACAAGGCGUAAUUCUAGCACCAUUAGUCCGAAAGCAUAAAAUAUUGUUUCUUCAAUAUAAGCCUCUUUCCCUGUAUGCCGCCAAGAACCCCCCCAUCAACCUUUCUGCAGUCAUUCAAGCAGUAGAGAAUCGAAUGCAAAGCUCAAAGCGCGGGAGACUAAGCAGAGACCCUCCAAGGCUGAGAGAAGAUACUAAGGAGCUUUGGCACCUUCGAUCGGGCCAUCUCGCUCCAGCCGCUUUAACCAAGCUUCCAAUCCAUACGAGGAACGUGCGAUUUAAGGGGACUAAGCGCAUCAACUGCGAAACCUGUGCGCAAGUCCACGCUCGCCAAGUUAUAUCAAGGAGGCUAUACACGCACAAAUCGAAUGGAAGCGUGGAACGAGCAGGUCAACAGAUGACAGUUAACUCGAAUUCAAUGCUCAGUGGCGCACGGCUGCCUACAAACCUGUGGUCAGAAAGCGUGCAAGCAGCCACUUUCCUGUAUAAUAUUAGCCCGAACCAGGCCUAG